CGCAGCCAUGCUCCCCGCCAGGAAGGCGCAGGUCCCGGCUGCCACCCGAGGCGCAGGCCGGCGGCCGCUGCUGCUGCUGCUGCUGCUGCUGCUGCUCCACCAAGGAGCCCAGGCGCUGGAGUGCUACAGCUGCGUGCAGAAGGCCGACGACGGCUGCGCGCCGCACAGGAUGAAGGCGGUGAAGUGCCCGCCCGGCGUGGAAGUCUGCACCGAGGCCGUGGGGGCGGUGGAGACCAUUCACGGGCAGUUCUCAGUGGCAGUGAGGGGCUGCGGUUCGGGACUCCCCGGCAAGAAUGACCGCGGACUGGACCUUCACGGGCUCCUGGCCUUCAUCCAGCUGCAGCAGUGUGCCCAGGACCGAUGCAACGCCAAGCUCAACCUCACCUCUCGCGGGCUAACCCCUGCAGGCAACGAGAGCGCCUACGAGCCCAACGGGGUCGAGUGCUACAGCUGCGUGGGGCUCAGCCGGGAGCAGUGCCGGGGCUCGGCGCCCCCCGUCGUGAGCUGCUACAACGCCAGCGACCGCGCCUACACGGGCUGCUUCGACGGCAACGUCACCUUGACGGCAGCGAAUGUGACGGUGUCUCUGCCGGUGCGGGGCUGCGUGCAGGACGAGGAGUGCACGCGGGAUGGGGUGACGGGCCCGGGGUUCACCCUCAGCGGCUCCUGCUGCCAGGGCCCGCGCUGUAACUCCGACCUCCGCAACAAGACCUACUUCUCCGCCCGGAUCCCCCCGCUCGUGCUGCUGCCCGCCUCGACCUCCGCCGCGCCGGCGCCGACCACCUAUGAUGACAAGCACACAUCAACAUUCCCAACUUUUUGA